GUGACGCAAACGGGCCGCGCCGCCCCGCCGAGCGCAGAGACAGGGUCGCGAUGAGCCGUGUCUGGCGUGCGCCGGCCACCGGGGCUGUCCGGGCGCUGAGGUUCGUGCGCGGGGCUUCCCGACACCUGCAGCCGCCGCCGGGUGUCCGGGCUCAGGGCCAGCCCGCGGCCGAGGCUGAGGAAGAGGACGACCCUAACCGUCCCAUUCAGUUUUCCUCCAGCAAAGCCAGCCCGUCCCGCUGGAAAGUGCAGCACUCCCUGGGAGGGGAGCAGCAACGGCCCUGGUGGAGGGUGCUGCCCUUCAGCCUCUCGCUCAUGGCUCUGGUGGCCUGGUGCUUCUUCAGGCAGGAGACCAGCACGGACCGGUGGUUGAAACAGGUGUUGGGAGAAGAGGAGCCGGAGCCCGGCGAUCGUUCUCAGGAGCCUGGAGCUCCGACCGUCCACCAGGCGAGAACGUAGCGGGGUGCCGGCGGGGGCUAGCAGCGAGGAGACAGGGAGCCGCCCUUGGGCUUCUGAUAUCGCGUUUGACCGUUUCUGCCUUGGUUAUGCGCGUCCCCAGAGUGAAGGACUUGGCACAGCUGGCCACACCGACCCGCGUGAGGGCAGAGCAGAGUGUCCACAGAACGGAACCGGCUCUUCGCCUGAUACUUGCUGCCCAGCGGAUACGCCCCCGAGACGUUUCUCUUUCCGACCCGUGGAAAGGGUUUUGGUUGCACUAUGUACCGUUGGAUUUGGGAUGUGUCUUUCUCCAACGCGAUCAUGUUUCCAAAGCAAUUCUGGUGACACUGGCAGUCCAGCGUAACCCAGUCUGCAGGUCGUUUGCUUUCCGAGACAGAGUAACUGGGAGAAGCGUGAAACUUUUUUUAACGUACCGUGCUGUGUAGAAAUAGAUGUUCGUUUGACAAACUGACAAUAAAUUUUAAUUUGGUGAUGUGGAAUUAA